AUGGGACGAAUGCUGCACGUGGCCACAAUUCCAGAUCACAAGUCUAUCAUUCGAGCCAUCACAGGCGCUCAAUGGUACGAAGAAGGCAAAGAAACCAAAAGCCAAGAAGAAAUAGAGAUGCAGAAGGAUGCCUUGAACGACUCCUCCGAUGACGAGACUCCAAGCUGCUGGAAUAUUCCAAGCGACACUGUUCCUCCGCUAUCGCCGAUGCUGGCUGUACCACUCCCGACAAUAGCAUCAAUCUCACUGUCGCCGUCUACGACAAUAUCUCAAGAUUUCUUGCUCGAGUUCUUCAUAUUGGAGGAAUCUAGAGGCCUCUGCGGCCGCGCACCUUGCGACGAUCCUUUCAUCCGGCUCGCCCUUCAGCUAUCGCAAUCGGACGAGCUGAUACAGAGCGGAAUACUGGCACUCAGUGGUAGUCGAAUGUUUGCGAAGCACUCUUCUCCAUCAGUACAGGAAGCAGCUCUACGUUAUCAUAACAGAACCAUUCUGCAAGUCCGAGAGGCAGUUGCUUCGUGGCCACCGAAAACUGGAGAGGACGUGAUACGCUUGCUCACUGCGUCCAUUCUCCUAUGCCACUACGAGGCCCUGUUAGGCAAUGAACAAGACUCAUUGCAAGCUCAUCUCAGAGCCUGCCGUCAAAUUGUCGAGAUUGCACAGCAACAUCCGUCAACGCUGCAUUAUUCUGCAAUCUACGGCGUUCUAUUCGAAGCGUAUGCGUACUACUCGAUCCAGAUCAUAUUCCGCUAUGCUGCAAGCGAGGCCGACGUGCAAGCCACAAUUCAGUCGCUACAAUUUUACCGAUCAUUGACGACAUACAGCACUUUCGGCUACUUGAUGCAGGCCACGUGCGACUUUUAUACUCUAAUUCCCCAUGUGGCUCUAUUUGGACUCCGCAUAAGGGGCGUGGGAGACGUUCAACACUCCCAGGAGCUUGAAACCCUGUAUCGCCGUCUGGAGUCGCUCAUCAUCUCUCGACAACCUGGCGUCGACGAUGAUGCUGAAGCCUCGACCAAGGUAGCCACGAUCUACCGCAACUCGCUGCUCAUAAUUCUGCAUGCCUCUUACCUUGGACACUUGUCAGAGUAUUUCCUCUUGCAAGCAAGGCUGAAGCCGAUUAUCUCUGAAACCAUGUCAUUGUUUGAGAGCGUCAAGGACACCGAAACUGCGGCCCCUGCUUUCUGGCCUAUGGUACUACUAGGGUCUUGUCUACGGGAUCAGAAAGAUCAGGACUGCUUGCUCAAGUACCUGGAAUACGGAGGCACAACCGCAGGCUGCCAGAACAGAGCGAACGAGGCGCUCCAGUGGAUUUGGAAUCGUCAUUCACAGAGUACUUUCGGGCCCGCUGGUUUGGAGGCUUUCUCUGUGGAGAACAAUACCGGGCUAUGUAUUGGAUAG